CGCUCGUUCCCUUUCUCUCUCUCUCUCUCUCUCUCUCGCUCCUCUCUCUCCUCUCUCGCUGUUGUGGAGCUGAAGCAGUUCUGACCACUGUGAUCCUAGUGUGUGUGUUUUUCCCAUGAUACUUGUGCUGUGACCAGUGUGAUAAUGGAUAUGGACGAGAAAAAACCGGACGAUAAAUAUGGCGAGUCCAAGAAGUUUGAUCCCAAUUUCAAAGGGCCGAUCCAAGACAGGAGCUGCACAGAUGUUCUCUGUUGCAUCCUCUUCAUCCUGGCCCUUCUGGGUUACUUUGCAGUGGGCAUCAUUGCCUGGUCUCAGGGUGAUCCCAGGAAGGUCAUCUACCCCACUGACAGCAGGGGGCAGUUCUGUGGACAAGCAGGGACAUCCCUGGAGAAGAAGCCAUUCCUCUUCUACUUUAACAUCCUGAAAUGUGCCAGCCCCCUGGUGCUGCUGGAGUUCCAGUGUCCCACCACUCAGUUAUGUGUGGAGAGCUGUCCGAACAGACAUAUGACGUUGGUGAAAGCCAAGGUGGGCAGCAUGGAGGACCGUGAGUACUACAAACAGUACUGCAAGGAAGGAGUGGACUUUGCAAAAAUGAGUCCUCCUGAGAUCCUGAGGGACAGCCUGUGUCCAGCCAUGUUGAUGCCCAGUAAAGUCUUCACCCGUCGCUGCCUUCCUGCUUUAGGAACGAUGAAAGGUGGUGUGGUGGUGGUGGGCAAUGAGACCAUUAUUGAUUCUGGAGAAGGAGUCAGUAUCAACGCCUCUGAUGUUCUGGAAGCCUCAAAGAAGUCAAAUAUAGCUAUGGAAGCUCGGCAGGUGGCCAUGAGAAUCUUUGAAGACUACACACAGUCCUGGCACUGGAUAUUACUUGGUCUGGUCAUAGCCAUGCUGGUCAGUUUGCUCUUCAUCGUCCUGCUGCGAUUCCUGGCUGGAAUCAUGGUCUGGAUCAUGAUCGUGUUGGUCAUUCUUGUGAUUGGCUACGGUAUUUUCCACUGUUACAUGGAGUUUGCCAGUUUAAAGGGAGAACCUGGGGCUGACGUCACCAUCCGAGACCUUGGUCUGCAGACGGACUUUGCCAUCUACCUUCAGAUCAGACAGACCUGGCUGGCUUUUAUGAUCAUCCUGGCCAUAGUCGAGGUCAUCAUCAUCCUGCUGCUCAUCUUCCUCAGGAAAAGAAUCCUCAUCGCCAUCGCACUCAUCAAAGAGGCCAGCAGAGCUGUCGGCCAUGUGAUGUCGUCCCUCUUCUACCCCCUGCUGACCUUUGCCCUCCUGGCUGUGGUGAUUGCCUACUGGGCCAUUACUGCUGUGUUCCUGUCCACCUCCAAUGAGCAGGUUUACAAAGUCUUCAACAACUCAGAGUGUGAGUUCUCACUACAGACCUGUGACCCUGCGACAUUCAACACGUCCAACGUCUCGGCUCAGUGUCCUGAUGCCGAAUGUCUUUUUGCGUUCUACGGUGGAGAGACCCUCUACCACAAAUACCUCAUCCUGUUCCAGUUCUACAACGUUUUCCUUUUCUUCUGGUGUGCCAACUUUGUGACGGCCCUGGGUCAGGUGACUCUGGCAGGAGCCUUCGCCUCCUAUUACUGGGCCUUUAAGAAGCCAGAGGACAUUCCUACUUAUCCCAUCUUUGCCUCGCUAGGACGGGCCCUCAGGUACCACACAGGCUCUCUGGCCUUUGGUUCUCUGAUCCUGUCUGUGGUCCAGGUCAUCAGGGUCAUUCUGGAGUAUCUAGAUCACAAGUUGAAAGGUGCUCAGAACAAAUUUGCCAAAUUCCUGCUCAGCUGCAUGAAGUGUUGCUUCUGGUGUCUGGAGAAGUGCAUCAGGUUCCUCAACAGAAACGCUUACAUCAUGAUCGCUGUCUAUGGAAAAAAUUUCUGCACUUCAGCUCGAGACGCCUUCUUCCUCCUUAUGAGGAACAUCGUCAGAGUUGCUGUUUUAGACAAAGUGACCGACUUCCUGCUGUUUCUUGGAAAACUCCUCAUCGUUGGCAUCGUUGGGAUCUUCUCUUUCUUCUUCUUCUCUGGAAGAAUCAAGGCCGUUGAAGAUGCAGCUCCAUCUCUGAACUACUACUGGGUGCCAAUAUUGACGGUGGUCGUGGGAUCUUACCUCAUCGCCCACGGCUUCUUCAGUGUUUAUGCCAUGUGUGUGGACACACUCUUCCUCUGCUUCUGCGAGGACCUGGAAAGAAAUGACGGGUCUUCUGACAGACCGUACUUCAUGUCUCCUGAGCUCCACGAGAUUCUCUCCAAGACUAAAGUGGUGGAGGAAGAUCACGAUGGCACUGAACAGGCAGACGCUGCGAAGCAAAUGGACGAAGUGAAGCUGGAGGAGGAAACACCUCUGAAGCAGCAGCAGGAUGGAGAAAUCCAACUGACACAGCAGCCAGUCCUGAAGCAGAAAAAUGAGGAGGAGCAGCCGCUGCAAGACAAGACUGAUACUGAAGAACCCAAGGAGGAGAAGAGUGAUGAACUCACGGCCAAUCAGACAGAAGAAGCUGAGAAAAAAGAGGAAGAAGAAGAAGAAAAGCAGGAUGAGAAGACAACCGAGCCGACGCCUCCUGCUGUGAAGGCUGAGGAAAAGGAGUCUGACGCAAAGGAGGAGAAGAAGGAAGAAUCCCAGGGUGAAACUCCACCCUCGGCUCCGCAGGAAUAGAUCCAAUAACCUGUCACAGCAAAAAGAAGCGAGGCAAAUAAAACCUCAUAAAUCCUUAAGAAUGAAAGGACCGUCUCCGAUAGUGUUGUGAUAUGGACCUGCUUAAUGUGUGGCAAAAAAAAAACCAAGCUAAAAUUCAGAUGGCUCUCUGAGUGGUGUGAUGUCUGGGUGGAGAAGGUGUUGGUCAAGGUGGGUGGGUGAAGACGGUGAAGCAGGUCAAAAGCCCAGUGCGUCUCUGUAGCUUGAAUUUAAAAAAAACUGCUCUGUGAUGUUGGUUUUAAACAGGUGUUUAAGUAACACUUUAUAUCAAAGUACUCAGAACUGUUGACUAGCUUUGAAAUUACAACUCAAAAUCCUUUCUGCCUUUUUCCCAGCGUUAACCCAGCAAGUAAAUAGUCUCCCAAAAAAAAAAAAAAAACCCUAAAUCUUAACGUGAAUUUUUUUGGAAACUUGAGAAUCCGAGGAAACGCGUUAAUUAAACUUCACUCACGCAUGAGUAAGUUUUACAACACUGAAAAAAAGUUACUGCGCCCCAGGAAUGUUAGCAUAAUUGCAGUAUUUAUUUACUGUUAGCCUAACGCUAGCUCAGAAAAGUAGAUAAAUAAAUUGCACUAAGAUAUAAAUAAUAAUAAUAAUGAAUAAGGACUGUUAAAGCUAAAAUGGUCUUAAUUGGUUCAAAUAACCACUACCAUAACAAAUCUCAGCCAAAGCAGCCAGGAUUUUAGGUCAAUUGCUAAAAAUGCUGAAAGCUGUUAGCCUAAAUCCAUCUAACAAUCUUUGAAAGAUUUUACCUUACAAUAACCAAAAAUGAUUAAAUAUAUUCAUAUAUAUAUAGACCAUCAAAAUUAAUUUGUCACCCUGAUGGAGACAAAAACGUUUAAAAAAAUAGUUAAAAUAAAAUAAAUUUACCAUUUAGGUGCCAAAAACUUGACCUUAAACAAGACUUUGUGACUGGUCAGAUCUGGUCAGACCUGCUCUGAUGAUGGGAUGAUGCAGGAUAAAUAACAAAGAAGUGAUGGUCCAGUUCACACCUGAAUAUAAAGUGUUACCGUUUUCUUAUUGUGACGAUCUGUUGAACUUUGUGAGUGUUGACUCUGUGCCUGGUUCCUGUCACCGAUGUUUGUCGUCUUAAUCCUGUCAAACAGCUGCACCUGUGGUGCUGUGUACAGUCAGAACCAACACCAUCUGCAGUGCGUCCGUGGUGAAACCUCUCCUUCACUGUUUACAAUAAAAACCAGCUGAGGCCAAAACCUGACACAUGUAUUUGAUAAACCACCACUGGGUCUUUUCUCCCUCUGGGUCUUGUGUGUAUAUAUUUACAUGUAUACAUAUUUGCAGUCGUGUUUGCCUAUGAUGUUUUUUUUUUUUUUUUGGCUUCAGUCUCGUGCAGAUCCAUCUGGUCAUGAUGGGAUCCAACAUGUAUUGUAUGGUCACCUCCUUGCCUUGGUAUUUCAGACUGCUCUCAGUGUCUGUGGUGCAGCGGUAGUGACCCAGUGAACCCCACGUACCCACUGUUUACUAACCACACCUACCUGUCGCUCUCUCUCUCUCUUUCUCUCUCUCUCUCUCUCUCUCUCUCUCUCUCUCAGUGCUGCAUGGCGUCGACCUGACCUUCUGAAUGCUCGUACACUAACAUCUUAAACACUUUUGGAUGCUUUUCUAUCUCCUACUCUUUGUUAUCUCGUGACAACUGUAUGCUGAUUUUUUUCAAAUGAAAUUACUGAUGACAUUCCUUAUUUAUUGGCUGUGAAUCUUGAUUAAAAGUGGUUGUAUUACAA